CUCCAGAGCACCGGCCCACAUACGACCAGUUUACCCCAUGGCGACAAACAGCCGUAUAGUCCUCGGCCCAACCAGAACUCAACAAAUUUGUCUAUGCAUCCGUACAUCCCAACAUGGCCAGUAGACUUGAAGCCUGUCAGGUCUUAACUUUUAUAUUUGAAACGGGCUGUGGCCAAGGGGGGGAACUCUCCAGAGCACUGGCCCCACAUACGACCAGUUUACCCGAUGGCGACAAACAGCCGUAUAUUCCUCGGCCCAACCAGAACUGAAACAAUUUGUCUAUGCAUCCAUACAUCCCAACAUGGCCAGUAUGCCUGCCAGCACGGCACUAAUCAUCGUAGACGUUCAAAACGACUUUUUGCCGCCCACGGGGUCUUUGGCAGUGCCAAACGGGAGAGAGGUUUUGCCCGUAAUAACUGGACUGCUCGACCGGAAAUGGGACUGGGCAGUGGUUGUAGUGAGCCAGGACUAUCAUCCAAAGGGUCAUAUAUCGUUUGCUUCGGCUCACCCACCCAAUCAGGCAUAUACUCAGUUGCCAUUGGUCAACGCCCACGGAGAGUCUUACAUACAGACGCUAUGGCCUGAUCACUGUAUACAAGGUACUGCCGGUGCAGACCUCGAAUCUGGGUUGGCAGAGGUACUGGCGAAGAGAGGCGAUGUACGCGUCGUUCGAAAGGGCAUCCACAGUAAACUCGAAGCGUACUCUGCUUUUCAGGGUGUCGUGCUUCCCACGCCCUUCCCGCCUGCUCCUCCACCCAGUACUCAUGGAGGACCUGAAACUGAAGAUGUAGAGAUUGUUCCUCCCAAAACUUCCGAAUUGGCAGAAUUUUUACUGGCUCAAGGUGUCAACAAAGUGGUUAUCGCAGGAGUAGCUACAGACUUUUGUGUCCUUCAAACCGCACUGUCUUCAAUAUCAUCAUCUUUCCCGACCCUUCUUAUUGCCCCUGCCAUGCGGGCAAUCUCUCCCGAGUACGAAGCUAAAACUUUCGAGGCCGUCGAGUCCCUUGGAGGGGUCAUCCUUGGACGAAAUGGAGAAGAAUGGAAAACAAAGCUGGCUGAAUGGAUCCGAUAAGAUAUCUGUAUAUAAAUUUUCUAUAUAACGUCGGUUGCGUUGGUAAAGUCGAAUGUAUUUCGUGCUCAGUCACA